AUGUCGGAGUCGUUCCAUGUCACACCCAGAUUAGAUUCAAUUUUAUAUUUUGCUUUAGCUGAUGGAUCCAGUGUAUAUGUAUACAAUUAUGAUGUACGCCUUGUUUGUUCGCUGAAACAUGCUAAUAUACAUGCGGAACAAAUUUAUGCCGAUUCUUUAUCAAUUAGUAACGAUGUAAUUGGUAUUAAAGAUCAAUUAGAUAAGAAAGUUAUCCACUUAUUUGAUCCAUCGAAUGGGAAAAUGUUAGGUGAUGGGAAACCCAUAACACAUUCGAAGGAAAUUAUUAAAAUUAGUUUAAAUCAAAUGGGCAAUUCAUUUGAUCGUCGAUUGGUUCUAUUAGACAAUAAUAAAGAUUUAUAUUUAAUGUCAGUUCGAAUACUUGGUAAUCAAAGAAAAAUUAUAAAAUUAGCUACAAUGGUUAGUUCAUUUCUAUGGGCUGAAACAUCAAAUAUUUUGGCAGCAAUAACAAAUGAAAAACUUGUUACUUGGUUUUAUCCUGAUAUUGCAUUGAAAAAUAGUGAUAUAAUUAAUUUAACACAGGAAGAACGUAACAUAAUUGAUGAUUAUGGCAAACAAUUGGAAUUAGUGAAUUUUUAUCGUGAUCGUAUCAUGAUCAGACGGGCUGAUGGUAGUACAAUUUAUUGUCCAAUAUCAAUUUAUCCUGAUAAAUUACAUCAGCUAAUCAGUCAGAAUAAAUGGAAUGAAGCUUUGAAAUUAUGUUGGACAGUUAAAGAACGGAUUCUUUGGGCAUGUUUAGCAGGUUUAUCAGCAAAUGCCAAAGUGUUAGAUGUGGCAGAAAUAGCAUUUGCUGAAAUCGAAGAAAUUAGUAAAGUGGAAUAUAUUCGUUAUAUUAAAAGUUUACCUACAACAGAAAUAAAAAAUGCUGAAAUUUUAAUUUUAUUAGGUGAAUAUCAAGAGGCUGAAUCAAUUCUAUUACAGAAUCAUUUCUAUUUUCGUGCUAUCAUGCUCAAUGUACAUGGAUUCCGAUGGAAUAGAGCACUUGAAUUGGCAAAUCAGCAUAAUUUAGCAAUUGAUAUUGUAUUAUCAAUGCGACACAAUUAUUUACAACAAUUAAAUCGAUCUGAAGAACUACAAUCAUUUAUUUCACAACCGAAACAAGAUAUAUUGGACGCAUCGAAAUUAAAAGAAAGAAUUGAAGAAGAAUAUUCAAAUGAGUCAUCAACUACUACUACUUGAAAAUUAUUUCUACAUCAAAAAAAUCAAUAUAUGUACGUCGUGUAAAUGAACUAACUGCUUAUUUUUCAAAAUAAUAAUGUUCACUUUUAUAUAAUAUACUACUAUAAUAAUGACAGUCAAAAUUUGAUGUAUGUUUAUUUCAAUGUGCUUUGAUUUCUCUCUCUCUCUCUGUAUUAAUAAAUAUCAUCAGUCUAGUUG